GCGCUAUAAAAUAAAGGCACGAGGAAGCGAGGCAGUGCGCGCUUUAAGGCUUUUCCUCGUCGAGGCGCAGCUUCAUUCAGAUCCACGCUGCGGUGAGUCACACUGACACACACCGACACACGGCCAUGUCGAGUCUGAAGAAGAGGGGCUCGGGGCACCGCGAGGAGGAGGAGGAGGACCGGCAGGCGGCCGAGAAGAUGCUGGGUGUCUCCGGGGGUCCGGCGGCGGGGGGAGAGGGAGAGGAGACGGUGGUACUGCAGCGCACCAUCACGCUGGUGAACGGCGUGGCCAUCAUCGUGGGCACCAUCAUCGGCUCGGGGAUCUUCGUGACUCCGACCGGGGUGGUGAAGGAGGCCGGCUCGGUGGGUCUGUCGCUGGUGGUGUGGGCGGUGUGCGGCGUGUUCUCCACCGUCGGGGCGCUGUGCUACGCCGAGCUCGGGACCACCAUCACCAAGUCCGGCGGGGACUACGCCUACAUCCUGGAGGUCUACGGCUCGCUGCCCGCCUUCCUCAAGCUCUGGAUCGAGCUGCUGAUCAUCAGACCCUCCUCUCAGUACAUCGUCGCCUACGUGUUCGCCACCUACCUGCUCAAGCCGCUCUUCCCCUUCUGUCCGGUACCGGAGACCGGAGCCAAGCUCGUGGCGUGCCUGUGCAUCAUGUUGUUGACGGCGGUGAACUGCUACAGCGUCCGCGCCGCCACCCGGGUCCAGGACGCCUUCGCUGCAGCCAAACUCCUCGCUCUGGGACUCAUCAUCAUUAUCGGCUUUGUGCAGAUUGGAAAAGGUGAUACCACGGGGCUGUUACCCGAGAACUCUUUCAAAGGAUCCAACAGUGACUUCGGGAACAUCGGCUUGGCUCUGUACAGCGGACUCUUCGCCUACGGAGGCUGGAACUACCUGAACUUCGUCACUGAGGAAAUGAUCGAGCCGUACAAAAACCUGCCGCGUGCCAUCAUCAUCUCUCUGCCCAUCGUCACCGUCGUCUACGUGCUGACCAACCUGGCCUACUUCACCACCCUCAGCCCCGAGGAGAUGCUCAACUCUGAGGCUGUAGCUGUGGAUUUUGGGAACUAUCACUUGGGCCCCAUGGCGUGGAUCAUCCCGGUGUUUGUGGGACUUUCCUGCUUUGGCUCCGUCAACGGCUCACUGUUUACCUCAUCCAGGUUGUUCUUUGUGGGGUCGCGUGAAGGUCAUCUCCCCAGCCUGCUGUCCAUGAUUCACCCGAGCCUGCUCACCCCGCUGCCCUCACUCCUCUUCACUUGCUUGAUGACGCUCCUCUACGCCUUUUCCAAUGACAUCUUCUCAGUCAUUAACUUCUUCAGCUUCUUUAACUGGCUCUGCAUCGCCAUGGCGAUCAUCGGCAUGAUGUGGCUGCGCUACAAGAAACCUGAACUCGAGCGGCCAAUCAAGGUAAACAUCCUGUUGCCUCUUUCCUUCGUCCUGGCGUGUCUCUUCCUGAUCGUCGUGUCCAUCUGGAAAACUCCAGCCGAGUGCGGCAUCGGAUUCGGGAUCAUCGCCACCGGCGUUCCCAUCUACUUCAUCGGCGUCUGGUGGCAGAACAAACCCAAGUGGCUCCAGCAGCUCAUCUUCUCGACCACCGUGGGCUUUCAGAAGGUGUUGGAAGUCGUGCCGCAGGAGUCGUGAAGGGAGACUGACAAAACCAAACAGAAGGAUGCUUCAGAAAAGAUUUCUUGCACAAGCUGAAGGACAAAAAUGUUUCCCUUUCUCCCCGAGACCUCUGCAGCCGGGACACGCGCCGUCCCUCAGCUUUCCCUCCUCGAAAAUCCCCCUAAACCCACGUCUAGCCGGGGAAAACGAGAGACCAGAGACGUCUGAACGAGGGCAGAGAUUUUUUUUGUUUGUCCCCUAGUACGUUUAUUUCGUUUUUAAUUUGUGCGUUUUAUUUUAUUAGACAUUCCUUUCUUUAUUCUGAGCGUAGCGUGACACAGUCGAACUGUCUGCUCAUCUGUCUGCUGAAAGCUACUGUAAAAUACGGCAGUGUGUGUGUGUGUGUGUGUGUGUGAGAGAGAGCAGUGGUGUGAGUGUGUAGUGUAGUAGUGGUGGUUAAAACAUUUCUCUGCUAUCACAGAAUACGUCGCAAACUCGAAGGUUUUUGACACCUGAAACUGAAUCAUUAUAACAAAACAAAAAGGUACAGAAUCGGAGUAAGUUAUAAUUAAUAACUGAACCCUCAUUUAUAGCCCCACUCUCAGCCUGUCGUCAUAUAAGACACAAAAUAAAUAUGAUAAUUAUUAUAACAACAAAAAAUAUACCCAUGAUUGUUAGCUCAGAUGGAUUCUUUUUGUCGGAGUGACUUUAAACAUUUAAAAUUAGCCCUUAAUACGAUGUUUAAUUAAAAUGUUAGCGUAGAGUGUUCAGGAAUCCUUGACUGCAGGCGUGGACGAGCCGAUAACAGCGCACACGUGUUUGUUUUCUCGUCAGGCGCCUCGUUAUUGGUUUCAUUUUUUAUUAUUAUUAUAGUAUUUUUUAAAAAUGGACAUGGAGUUAAACUGCUGUGAGCUGAUCGAGCGACGCAAACCUUAACAGUAGGAACUUCGUACAAUCUGACGUUUGUUCGUUUUUUUUCGUUUAAAUUCAAGUUCAUCAGCAACGCGUUCAGAAAUCAUUAAAACCAUCAGAGCUGAAGUUUUUCCAAAACCCCGACCUGAGACAAUUUCAAUUUUUUAAGAAAACGACAAUACUGCACAUACAACCUCAAAGUAAUUUCUACAUCCUUGUCUUUCGUCUUUUUCUAUCAACAUGUCUUUUUUUUUACAUGAAAUAUUCCCACACUUCUGUCUUUCCCUACAGCAGAUAUUAAGCAGCUGCAUCAUAGAAACGAUAAUAAUAUGUUUUUAUUAUUUUAUAGUAGUUUUUAAGAUAAGUUAGAGAACAUGUAGGAGUUGCAUCGCUCGUGGAUGCAGCAUGCAGUUACUGAUUUUUAUUCACGUAUGCAAAAAUAAAUACUCCCCUAGCCUCACUGUCAUAUUAUAACUUUUAGCUUUGACAGCGAUCGUAGCAUCUGUUUGCUAAGACCGUAGUUACCUGCACUCUCAGGUGUGACGUAUCUCAGAAGUAGGCCGGCUAGGUGGCGUUGCGAAUUAAUGAACUGUUAAUGAACUGGGCCUAAUGGAGAUGUUCUUUAUAAUCUUUUAUGUAAUCACUUUCUCAUAUGCAGUACAGAGUCCUAGCCCAGCUAUGCUAUAACUAAGCUUUGAUAAUUUACAUUAUGACAAAUCGUUAAAACUUGACAGUUUGUUCUCAUGCCGUUGUGGCUCGUCAUUAAUUAGCAAUGGUGAUGAAGAUGAUCGAUACUGUUUCUUAGACACAGCUAAACAGAAUGAAAGGUAAAUAUAUCAAAUUCAAAUUUUUUUUAAUUCAAAUUUUAUUUGUCACGUACACAGUCAUACACAGUACGAUAUGUAGUGAAAUGCCUACUUACAUACUACAUAUAUGUAUACAUACUAUAUAUAAGUUACAUACUUAUAUAAGGAGCAGGAAGAAACAACUCUGCACUAAGAGACUUGAAUUAGAAUCUGAAUAAUUUUUUGUUACAUAUAAAAUUUUCUUUUAAUGUUUCCUACAUUACCCAUAAUGCUAUCAACUACGUACUGAUAGUCCGGAAUCUGCCUAAUGUCAUAAUGCAUUGCAUUCUGGGACUUUAACUCCAGAGUUUGUUUCAACACCUUUGCGCCUUCUACACUGGAUUUCUCAAUACAAGACGUUACUCAUGGCUAAUCGCGUAAGAUUAGGUCAGCAUAAACAUGUUGAAUGUGCAUCAGGGUGGAGUCUUUUCCAGAACAGGGAAUAAGUAAAAUGCCCCACCUUGGGCUCAGCACUGAAUCCUGAGGCACUCCUUAAUAAUGCACUGGAUACAGACAGACGUUUGCUGCGUGUACUUUAGUUACAUUGUUGUCUUUUAAAGACCAUCAUUGACAAUUAAUGACAUUUUUUACAUUAAUUACAAAUUCAUGACACUUAGAAGAGAAAAGGAAAUAUCUAGGACCUACACUGGGCUUAACACAGAACCCUGAGGUAUCUUUUAUUCAUGCGCCAGAUUUUGAAUUGGAUUGCCAAAUGUUGGUCAACGGCUUGGUGCUUUCCAAUGGCUCUAAUAUGACAAAAACUGACAAAAAUAAAGGCGUAUAUGACAAAAAAAGGCGUAUAUGUGUUUAAUAGCAUCAUGGGUAAAACUUAUUUUUUUCUCUUACCUGAAAAUCUUAUAAGUUAGAUUUUUAAUUUUUUUAUUUAUUAUUAUUUUUUAUUUAUUUCUUUUUGCAGGCCCUGGUAAAUAUGAGAUUUUAUAGAAGACGUUUAGGAAAGUUUGAAGAAUAAUCUCACUGAGGUUGUUUUACUGUGACAGGUUGCAAUGUGCCUCAGCGACCUCAUUUUCCCUUUCGUCUUUACAUCAGUUGCACCAACAACGUAGUAACACAUAGCAUUAUUCUUACACCUUUACCUAAAGCUAACAUUAGCUACCCGUCAUCGUCUCCUAGCAACAGGGAGCGAAACCCGGACCUUUAUUUGUGUUAUAUAACCUGCAUCAUCAUGAGAUUUUAACAACGUUACUGAAAAAAGUGUACAUACUUAUAUUAAGCCUUUUUUUUUUUUUUUUUUUUUUUACAAAUUAAUGUACAUUAACAGAAGCUUGUUUUCCUGCUUUCUUUAUUCUUGGUUGUUUAAACUUUGCUCACACGUCACAGAAGAUUUGUUGGUGUGUGAUUGUUGUGUUAGUAUGAAUUUGCUGUUGCUCUGAAGGAGUCUCUGUUCCUGUUAGCUAUCGGGUCACUUUGGAAAAUCUGUUUGGUCAAGUCGAAGUUCCUAAAUACAAUAGAAGUGUCCAGUAAGAUGCAUUCAAGUAUUUUUGUUUUGUAUGUUUUUCUUUUCUUUUUUUAUCUGAAUGCAGUGUGAUGGUUACUUUUGUUCAGAUGUCAAAUCGAGGAAUGCAGGGUUUGUGUGUUUGUUUUAUAAUUUUUUUUUUUUUACAUGAAUAUGAUAAAGAUUCCAGCUUCUUCCACCUGAUGUCUGAAGCCAGUAUGAUUUGGAAGUUACGUGUGUGUUACAGUUACAUCUCGCGUCUGUUAGAAAAUUUGUAGCCUACAGUUGAACUAACAUUGAAGCUGAUCAGACUAACGUACAGUAGAGCUGCUCACCGUUACUUAAUCUAUUUAUUUAUUUGUAAGGUUUCUAAUAUAUUGUGUAUCUGAUUAGUGCACUAAUACAUUAAGUUUCUUUUUUUGGGGUGGGGUGGGGGGGGUUCAAAGUUUGGAGUAAAAAAAAAAUUCUUAAAUUUUUAAAAAACUUUCUAUGUUGGAUUUUUUUUUAAUUUGUUUUAGGUCAUAGAGCUGCUAAUAAACUUUCUGCUGUACUUAAUUUGAAGUGAUUUUUCUAUUUGUAAUAGAUGUUUGUCUCUCUUAAAUGUGAAAACCUUCUUCCCCGAGUCUGCCCUCGGGUCACUAACAUUUCUCUGUGUCAUAAAUACCAAUGGACAGAACAUUGGUUUAAUUUUAUAAUUGAAUUAAGUUCAUUUAUAAAGAGUUUUUAACAACAGACAUUGUCACAAAACUAUACAUGAAUGUACAUUUAGGAUAUAAAUUAAAUAUUUUGAAAAAUAUAUACACAUCUAAAUACAUCACUUUUGAUUUUGGUUCUGUUCUGGUUCUACUUUGCGAAGUUUUUGCAUCAGUAAAAUGGCAAAAACUUGCAUGUCUAACUAAAAAUCAAACAAAAAUGAGAACACGCCCGUUCCUGCAAGUGUGUGCUGUUUUCAACAACAUUCCUGGAAGUCCACAUAACUUACGAUCAUGAGGGUUCACCUGAGGUGUUUCCUGAACCCCGCCCGUCACCUUAAACAAAUUAUGUCAUAAACUUGCAAGCGACGCUUAUAUAUAUAUAUAUAUAUAUAUAUAUAUAUAUAUAUGUGACUUCCAAACCUAAAGUCUUCUAAUUAGAAAGUUAAAUUCUUUGAGAUAAUUUCAACUGUAUAAAUGGUAAAAAAUAAUGAUGUAUAUUCUACUCUUAAUUGUUUUUGUCUAAUCUGUUGUUACGCAGCCAGGUUAUGCAGCAAGUCAGAUCACUAACAAGCCCUGAUUAUGAUAUUAGGUGUGGUAUUUGAAACACAGCCCGUUUGAUUGCACGGCGUUAAAGGCGGAAGUGAAAUCACCACCAUUUUCCAUAAAUCACAGUGAGCGUUUCGGGUUUUCCUAACUACUGAGCAGGAAUGUUUUGGCAUGACAGAACUAGUAAACAAUUAUACCCAAUCUUACAAACACACACGCUGAGGUCAGGGCAGACUCUGGGUUGGAUCACACCCUGGUGCAGUUUGGGUCUAACACUGAUGUGCUGCUUGUAGUGUGUGAACAGGCAUCAUGAUCACAAAUCUGUGUUAAACUCUGUGAUAUAUCAAUCUGCAGUCUGUGUUCUGAGCUUUUUGCUGAUCUCAGAUCUGUGUUAAACUCUGUGGCGUAUCAAUCUGCUCUUACAGCUGAUCUCAGAUCUGUAUUCUGUGAACAGACCAUUAUACUGUCAAAUUGUCCUUAUUUGUUUCUUCAUUUGCUAUUUGUGUAAAAUGCCUACUGAGUUCUUUGUCUUUAUUGAGAAAUAAA